GUCCAACUACACAAAGAGCAAACUGUUUUGAAGUAUCAUUUCCAGAAACCAGAUUUAAUUUCAAAGGGCGAUUUUAUUCAAGCGUAUAUAUUUGCGCCAAUGGAAUGGUGAGAUUUGAUGGCCCCGAAUACGCUGCCAAUCCUAUAAACUUUGGAAUUUUCAGUAGUCUACCAAUUAUUGCACCUUAUUGGUCACAAGUUGACUUGCGUUUUCUCAACAAUAGCAAUUCGAACGUCACUUACAGACUAUAUCGUAAUAGUAAUGAAAACACGGCUGUGUUUGAUACGAUAAAUACUGAGGUAGAGAUGAAUACGGAAAUUAAAAGCUACAGUGCUAAUUGGGUGCUGGUUGUGACUUGGGUGUGUCUUGCACCAAGGCAACCUGUGGACAAUAACUUUCCUGAGCGAAAUACCUUUCAACUUCUGCUGGCAGACGAUCUCUUCAACGGAGCUUUUACUUUGUUCAUUUACGAAUCUAUUACAUGGUCAUUUGGUGUGAACAGAAAUGAAUACACGAAUUUUAGAGACGCUUCUGAUCUGCCAGUCAUAGGCUUUGAUUCUGGACGUAGAGAUAUCACACCGAGGUUUCAAAUUUAUGAAACGUCUGGCACCAUUAAUGCUGACAGAGUGGGAGAUGAAAUGACAAUUUUGUAUGACCUAAGAUCACCAUUUCCAAGAUCCAAUGCAGAAGAGUGCCAAAUUUGGGUGAAUCAACAGCUCAUAAGUCCAACAAGACGAUCAUCGUGCAGAAACAAUUGCGCACAAGAUCUUCAAACAGCCUACCUGAAUCUCACCGGAGUCUUUUUUACCCUAUUUCGAAGGGUUAAAGGAAGUGGACCAACACCAAACUUUUGCAUAUAUAGUGGAACUACUUUUGAUGGAGCAGAUGAAUGUUGCUACCAGUACACAGGACAGCUUGAAAGUUAUCCGCAAUCUUUUAAUUCUACUGCCGUUAAUUCGUUUAGUUCAUUUACUAUCAGUGAAAGUUCUGCAUUAGGCGCAGCCCCAGGUCGAUGGCAUGAAGUCCAUCCGCGAGAAAAUUUCACUAAAUAUUUACAGGAAGAACAACGCUACUCUCAAUGUUGCGUCGAUGCCGGCAGCACUCAAGAAUCGUGUGACCAGUUUUACAGAGUUCGACCAAUUUGCAUUGGGGUGAGCUUUGAGUUUGUCAGCACAUGGGCCAAUAACUUCGGUGAUCCCCAUUUUGUGACAUUGGAUCGUAAGAACUACACAUUUAAUGGUUGUGGAUGGUACACGUACUUCACAGGACUAAUUCCAGGCAACGAUGCAAGCUCUCUUGAAGUACAAGUUCGAACAACAAGAGUCGGCGAAGCCAACGCAACUGGUUUCACUGCAUUUGCAAUAAAAGAAGGAAAUUCACAAGUCAUUCAAGUAAAUCUAAACACCACAACAAAAGGACUUGAUGUUCGCGUUGGUGGCAUGCUAAUUCCUCUUCCCGGAGAGAAUGGGAUAAUCAGAAAUGGCACGGCAAUAACAUUUGCUGAUAAUUUGCUUCAAAUUUCGACACCGCUUGGAAAUGGAGCACGAGUCAAUGUAGUGAACGGUUCCUUCUUCACAUUAGUCAUGCUAUUUCUAGAUGGUUAUAGAAACAAUUCGUUUGGUUUAUCGGGAAGAUGGAAUGGUAAUAUGACUGACGACUUUACACACAGAGAUAGAACAACAAUAACACCAAUAGACGCCAGAGAGGAAAUAAUAUUUAGUGAUUUUGGUGAAAGUUGGAAAGUAAACGAAACGAACGGACAAGAAAUUUAUAUGAAAGUAGAUGAAGGCAUUAAUACUUUCAGUUGUCAAAAUUUCACUCCUGUAUUUCUCGACAAACUUAUGAAAAACAAUGACAAUUUUACAAAUGAAGCUCUUGUUGCAUGUGGAAGUAAUACAGUUUGUCUGUUUGACGCCCUCGCUACACAAAACAUAGCUAUUGGUCAAUCGACACGAGAAGAACAGCAAUUAACGGACAAUGUAAUUGCACAAGUUGAAAAUCUACCUCCUGAGUUCACAACAAACAUUUCCUUGAUUACUGCAAAUCUAAGUGAGACAUUAACAGUGACGCUAGAAGCCCAAGAUAUGGAUUCAAAUGACAUAUUAACUUUCGACGUUCCUAAUCUUCCAUCGGUAUCUAGCUUCAACAUCAGUGGAAAUACUUUAACUUUCACAUGGACGGCCAACUCUACAGCAGUGGUUGAUCUAAAGUUUGUAGUGAGCGACAGCAGAAAUAGAACAGCGGUAUUAACUCCUAGAGUUCAAAUAUGCGCAUGCCGAGAUAAAAGCACGUGCGUCGUUCCUGAAGGGGCGGGAAAUGCUACCUUCGUAGUCAUGUCGUGCAAUUGCAACUUAGGCUACACCGGUCGGUUUUGCAAUGAAGUGGUAGAUUUUUGCAACGAAGGAGCCUCCCGACCCUGCAGUCCAUUGGUAACGUGCACUAGCAUGCCAACUCAAGCCGAAUGUGGACCGUGUCCAACGGGAUAUUCCGGGAAUGGAGUAUUUUGUUUAGAUAUAGAUGAGUGCGCAAGAAAUACAUCAGGCUGCGAGCAAAUGUGUACAAAUAAUUUGGCGUCCUUCUCGUGUGGAUGUUCUCCAGGAUUCACAAUUAGUACAAACGGAAGAACUUGUAUAGACAUAGAUGAAUGCUUGCGACCAAACAAUUGCAGUCAAGUGUGCGAAAACACCGUAGGCUCAUUCAGUUGUAGAUGUAGACAGGGAUUUGAACUUGAAGCUGAUGGUGAACAGUGUAGAGUACGCACAAAUUGUUCACAAAACGGAAAUUGCACUCAAAUUUGUUUUGUUGACAAUGGAAAUGACACGUGUGCUUGCGCUAAAGGAUAUGCUCUUGGAAGUGACGGAAGGUCAUGCAAUGACAUCAAUGAGUGUGAAAAUGAAGGUACCUGUUCUCAACAAUGUACGAAUACAGAUGGGAGUUUCAUGUGUGGAUGCUUUCCCGGAUAUACCUUGGCGAGCGACAUGCUUAGUUGCGAAGACAUUGACGAAUGCAGCGAUCUUACCAGACAAACGUGCAAUAUAACUAAUGGAGAAGAUUGUAUUAAUAUUCCUGGAAGUUUUACAUGCAGAUGUGCAGCCAGACUAAACUUGAUUCGGGUGAACAACAUUUGCGUUUAUAACAAUGGUAGUAUUCUUCUUCCUCUUGCUCCGACUGCGCCAACUGCAACUAACGACCAAAUGCAAAAUGCAGUCGAAAUAACGCUCCUCGAUGUAUCAAGGUACACUGCGGAAGUGGACUCCCGACUGAAGGAUUCAGUUGCUACAAUUCUAAAUGAUUUUUGCAAAUUAAAUCAACGUCCAAGAAUUUGUGGAGUUUCUGGUUCGUUCACCUUUAUGCAAGUGAGAAGACUUCCUGGCUUCCCAUCGAUGCAAGGAAACAACGUUACACUAAGGUUUUAUGUUGAUUAUCCAAGCACCCUUCGAAAUGGCACAUUGGAACGAGACAUAUUAGCUUCUAUACUGUUCAUAGAAUUAAAUAGAUUAAAAUCUUUACUGAUGUUCAACAUAACCUUAAACACACCAAGUUCUUUCAAUCCAUCCCUCCUUCUGCGGAACAGCUCGCCAACAGCGUUCUGUUGAGUUUACUAAACACCACGAGUCAGAUUACCAUUUUCCAAGAAAGAUAUUUACGACUUGCUAUGGUGAUUACGAUCAAUGAAUACUGCGCUGUGGACAACUACAGUCGUACGGUUGACUGUGGUUUGACUGACAGUGGUUUAAGUUUCAAUAUGAGUAACGUUAAUAUUGCGUCAACGACCUAUGGACAAUAUGCCAACAUCUCAUUUUAUGUGAACAAUCCGAGAAGCCAGGGACUUCUGUCUGCUCUUACUCUUGCUUCGAUAUUGGUCAUGCGUGAAACAAAUUUUGAGUUACUUCUCGAACAACAAAUUACAAUCCAAACAUCAUUCGCUCCAAUGAAUCCGCCAACUGCUAGCGACGAUCAAA